AGCGCCGUGAAUAAGUUUGACAGUACAGGAAGUGUGUGGGUUCGAAGUUUGACGUUUCAGUGUUUUCUUUGGUAGUGUCUUUGUUUACGUUAUUGUUGUCAGUGUCGUGUCUAUUAGGAAUACAGUCUUGUUUACCGAGGAAUGAAAGGCUAGCCUAAUAGAUGAAUUUGUAAUCAAUUGACUUGAUAUACAGUAAUAUUAUGUUUUCUGCUAUGCAGAUGCCGACCAUGAAGUUCCAUUCAAAAUUUCGAUCAGCAGUGAUGCGCAGGGACUGAUGGGUAAUCAGCCAUAUUGUUUUAUAUCGCGGAGUACAAAAUUGAAGUCAGUAGUGCGCAGGGUGCGGAGUUGAAAGUGUAGUUCACAAUGGCAGGAAAUGCGGGAAUGGAGCAGCUAAUACCAAUAGUGAACAAACUCCAAGAUGCGUUCACUCAGCUUGGCGUACAUAUGCAACUGGAUUUGCCCCAGAUAGCAGUGGUAGGAGGACAGAGUGCGGGCAAAAGUUCGGUUUUGGAAAAUUUCGUCGGAAGGGACUUUCUACCUCGAGGUUCAGGAAUUGUCACACGAAGACCCCUUAUUUUGCAGCUUAUAAAUAGUUCAACUGAGUAUGCAGAAUUUCUUCACUGUAAAGGGAAGAAAUUUGUUGAUUUUGAUGAGGUUCGCCGUGAAAUAGAAGCGGAAACAGACAGGGUUACUGGAUCUAACAAAGGAAUUUCCAAUAUACCCAUAAAUCUUCGUGUUUAUUCUCCAAAUGUGCUGAAUAUCACCCUAAUCGACCUCCCGGGACUAACAAAGGUACCUGUGGGAGAUCAGCCAGCAGAUAUUGAGAAUCAAAUCAAAGACAUGUUGCUGCAGUUCAUCACAAAGGAGACUUGUUUGAUCUUAGCAGUGACACCAGCAAACACUGAUCUCGCAACUUCAGAUGCUCUGCAAAUAUCCAAGAGUGUUGACCCAGAUGGCAUCAGAACCAUAGGUGUUAUAACCAAACUGGACCUCAUGGAUGAAGGUACUGACGCACGGGAUAUUCUUGAAAACAAGCUACUCCCUCUCCGGAGAGGGUAUAUUGGGGUAGUUAAUAGAAGUCAGAAGGAUAUUGAAGGAAAGAAGGAUAUUAAAGCUGCUUUGGCUGCCGAGAGGAAGUUUUUUCUCAGUCAUCCAUCUUAUCGUCACAUGGCAGAUCGCCUUGGAACGCCGUAUUUACAGAGAGUUCUAAAUCAACAGUUAACCAAUCAUAUUAGAGAUACAUUACCAAGUCUGAGGGACAAGCUUCAGAAACAACAGUUGACCUUGGAAAAAGAUGUGGAACAGUAUAAACAUUUUCGCCCAGAUGAUCCUGCGAUUAAGACUAAAGCAAUGCUUCAGAUGAUUCAGCAGUUGCAAUCGGAUUUUGAAAGGACUAUUGAAGGAUCUGGUUCUGCACAGAUAAAUACAAUGGAACUUUCAGGUGGUGCAAAGAUUAACAGACUAUUCCACGAGAGGUUUCCAUUUGAAAUUGUCAAAAUGGAAUUUGAUGAAAAAGAACUCAGAAGAGAAAUAGCAUUUGCUAUUAGAAAUAUUCAUGGUAUUAGGGUUGGCCUGUUUACACCUGAUAUGGCCUUUGAGGCAAUUGUUAAGAAACAAAUUGCUCGGUUAAAGGAACCAAGCUUAAAAUGUGUUGACUUGGUUGUAGCAGAACUGUCAAAUGUAGUUAGAGUUUGCACCGAUAAGAUGUCACGGUAUCCUAGAUUGCGCGAAGAAACUGAACGAAUAAUUACUACACACAUCCGGCAGCGGGAACAAAAUUGUAAAGAACAAAUUAUUUUAUUGAUAGAUUGUGAACUAGCAUACAUGAACACAAAUCAUGAGGAUUUCAUUGGAUUUGCCAAUGCCCAACAAUCUUCAGAAAAUUCCGUUAAAGCAGGACGUAAAUUGGGAAAUCAAGUUAUUCGUAAAGGUUACAUGUGUAUACACAAUUUGGGAAUAAUGAAAGGUGGUUCCAGGGACUACUGGUUUGUCCUUACCUCAGAAAGCAUAUCCUGGUUUAAAGAUGAAGAGGAACGAGAGAAAAAGUACAUGCUGCCUCUUGAUGGACUCAAGCUGCGAGAUGUUGAACAGAGCUUCAUGUCAAGAAGGCAUACAUUUGCACUGUUUAAUCCUGAAGGAAGAAAUGUAUACAAGGAUUACAAGCAGUUGGAGCUGAGUUGUGAGAACCAAGAUGAUGUUGACUCGUGGAAAGCAUCAUUCCUGCGAGCAGGGGUUUAUCCAGAGAAGUCAACAGAGCAAGCCAAUGGGGAGGAGGUUAGGGUAAGUGUUGAGUCUGGCAAGAGUGGCAGAUCAGCUGUCGAAGAAGUGAAGUCAUCGGACCUGGGCGCUGGGGAAGGAAGUUCUUCGAUGGAUCCACAGCUGGAGCGCCAAGUUGAAACAAUCAGGAAUUUGGUCGAUUCUUACAUGAAAAUAGUUACAAAGACAACUAGGGAUCUUGUCCCAAAAGCAAUCAUGCUAAUGAUAAUCAACAAUACAAAGGACUUUAUCAAUGGUGAGCUGUUGGCACACUUGUAUGCCUCUGGAGAUCAGGGACAAAUGAUGGAAGAGAGUCCUGAAGAGGCUCUUAAGCGGGAAGAGAUGCUAAGAAUGUAUCAUGCCUGUAAAGAAGCACUUAGAAUUAUAGGAGAUGUUUCAAUGGCAACUGUAUCAACACCUGUUCCCCCUCCUGUGAAGAAUGACUGGCUUGUUUCUGGCCUGGAAAACCCAAGACUGUCACCACCUUCUCCUGGUGGUCCUAGGAGGACUCCAAUGCAGCCAACUCCUGCUGUUGGCUCAAGGGCUCCACCGCCGCCACCAGCAACAAGCAGGCCAGCUCCGAAUAUCCCUAACAGGCCAGGUCCAGAUGCUGCACAGGGGCAGCGUGCUCCCCCAUCACUGCCUGGAAGACCUCAGUCUGGAGCUGGUCUUCCACCACCACUUAUUCCUUCCCGGGGUGGCAGCGGGGGAAUUCUGGGGACAGCCAUGACAGGCAUGCCUCCCAUCCCCCAUCGUGUGCAGCAGGCGGUCGGCCAGGCUGCAGCACAGGCGGCUGUCAAUGAGUUAAGAGAUGCUUUCCGAAUGCCAAAGUAGGGACCUUGGAGUUCCCUAUUAAUGAACUGUUACAUUGUGAUCUCAUAGUAUAGAUGUUGCUCACGUAAUGUAUCUACUUUUCAGCAAAUUAUUUCUUUUUGUGUAAUACAUUUAAAGAGAAUGUGGAUGAAAUUGUAGAUGCAUUCUGCAUAUACAAAAAUGUUGAUAUUAAUCUGUAUAAUGGAGAGAUCUGUGUUCAUUUAUUUUUAAUUUCAGUUAUUUAUCCACCAACAGUUAUAGUCUGUUGUUUUUUCAUUGUUUACUCAGGCUAGUGUGUAAUGUUCCCUACUCCAUUUUGUAAUAUGACAACUUAGAAUAUUAUUAAUGAAAGAAUUGUACAAAUGAUUUUGUUUGUAUUUAAAAAUGUUUGUAUGCAUAGAUGUAAAGAGAGAGAGAAAGAAAAAAACUCUCCAGUAGAAUUAUGAUUACAUUAAGUAAUACUAAUGGACUACUGGUUAUUUGCACUGUAGUCCUAGCAUUUUCAUAUUGCAGAUUGUUAAAGACACUUAAGACGUAGCACAAGUUAGAUAUACUUACUGAUGUCUGAAAGACGAUAAAUGUUAUCUUGUCUUGCAGUUAUGUAAAUAGGGCUUUCUCUGUGUCUGUGUCUGUGUGUGUGUGUGUGUGUGUGUGUGUGUGUGUGAAUAUAUCUUUGUAUGUGGUGUACUGCUUGGAACUAUUUUUGUUUUGGGCCUAGUACCUAAUACGCACCACAAUGCGAAAUAAGUUCAUGUUCAGUUCCCUCAUCCAACAUGUAGUGGUGGAAGUAAGUUGUACAGACUUCAUGUAAAGUGAAGGAAAGUUAUUUAAGCCCUACUUUUAAAAAUUAUUAGUAUUUUUUCUUCAGUCAUCCUCAUAAUUCACAAGUGUGUGAUGGUCUCUCUCUCUCUCUCUCUCUCUCUCUCUCUCUCUCUCUCUCUCUCUCUCUCUCUCUCACACACACACACACACACACACACACACAC